AUGGAAUAAACUAAAAAAAUUCUCAUUGGAGGUGGUUGUUUUUGGAAGCAUGAAUUGAAUAUGCAAAGAUUAAUCGGUGUAAUCCAUACCGAAGUUGGUUAUAGUGGGGGUAUUAUAGAUCACCCAUGUUAUAAAUUGAUAUGUACAGGAUAAACAAACCAUGCAGAAGUAGUAUUGGUACAUUAUGAUUAAUCAAUCCUUAAAUUGGAAGAUUUACUCUAUUCAUUUUUCAAUUAGCAUGAUCCAACUCAAUUAAAUAGACAAGGAUUAGAUGUAGGAACUCAAUAUCGUUCAUGCGUCUUCUAUUAUGAUGAUGAUGAUUUAUAAGUAAUUCAAAAGGUUUUAGAAGAUGUUAAAUCGUUUAAUAACGAUGAAACCAUUCAUACUCAAGUAGCCAAAGCCUAAAAUUACUGGAAAGCUGAGGAAAUGCAUUAAAGAUACUUAUAAAAAGCAGGUUAAUGUCCUGAUAAAGGUUGUGAAGAUAUAAUUAUGUGUUACAAUUGA